AACUGUCAAAAAAAAGAAAAAACCAAACUAAAACUUUUCUUCUUUUCUUCUCCACUACUAGGGCACACACAGAAUCUUCAUCUUUCUCCACAGAUUUCAAAAGAAAAUGUCAAACUUUUCCAAUCAGAUCAGAGCCUCUUCAGCUCUAAUCAAACGGCUUAAACACCACCACCACCACCGAAGUAGUAAUCCGCUGCUGCUAAUGCAAUCCAGAUCCUACACUACCAACGAGUGUCAUCGUCCAGCCAUCGUUCAAAAACGCAGCCUCGACAUUCUCCAUGAUCCUUGGUUCAAUAAAGGAACGGCGUUUUCAAUGACGGAACGGGAUCGGCUUGAUCUUCGGGGACUUCUGCCUCCAAAUGUCAUGACUCCAGAGCAGCAAAUUGAGCGCUACAUGGUUGACUUGAAGAGGCUUGAAGUGCAAGCAAGAGAUGGACCAUCUGAUCCAAAUGCUCUGGCGAAAUGGCGGAUACUUAACCGGUUGCAUGAUAGGAAUGAGGUUAUGUACUAUAAGGUUUUGAUCAACAACAUUGAGGAAUAUGCGCCUAUUGUUUAUACUCCAACUGUAGGUUUGGUUUGCCAGAAUUACAGUGGCUUGUUUCGAAGGCCUAGGGGAAUGUAUUUCAGUGCGGAAGAUCGUGGAGAAAUGAUGUCUAUGGUUUAUAACUGGCCAGCUGAUCAGGUUGAUAUGAUUGUUGUCACGGAUGGAAGCAGAAUACUGGGUCUAGGAGACCUUGGAGUUCAAGGAAUUGGAAUUGCGAUUGGGAAGCUGGAUCUAUAUGUUGCUGCGGCAGGGAUAAACCCUCAAAGGGUACUUCCUGUCAUGAUUGAUGUGGGAACUAACAACGAGAAGCUGCUGGAAGACCCCUUGUAUUUGGGACUGCAAGAAAACCGUCUUGAUGGUGAUGAGUAUGUUGCUGUCAUUGAUGAAUUCAUGGAGGCAGUGUUUACUCGAUGGCCGAAUGUGAUUGUGCAGUUUGAAGAUUUCCAAAGCAAGUGGGCCUUUAAGUUGUUGCAGCGUUAUAGAAAUACAUACAGAAUGUUUAAUGAUGAUGUCCAGGGAACUGCAGGAGUUGCUAUUGCUGGACUUUUAGGAGCUGUUAGAGCACAAGGAAGGCCAAUGAUAGACUUUCCAAAGCAAAAGAUUGUCGUUGCUGGUGCUGGAAGUGCAGGAAUAGGGGUUCUUAACACUGCAAGAAAAACAAUGGCAAGGAUGUUAGGAAAUAAUGAGCAUGCUUUUGACAGUGCUCAGCGUCAAUUCUGGGUAGUUGACGCCAAGGGUCUGAUAACAGAAGAUCGUGAAAACAUUGAUCCAGAUGCACUUCCGUUUGCAAGGAAGGUCAAUGAAAUUAAUCGCCAGGAAUUAUGGGAAGGCGCAAGUCUUGUGGAAGUGGUACAGAAAGUGAAGCCUGAUGUGCUUCUUGGAUUGUCUGCAGUUGGGGGUUUGUUCUCAAAAGAGGUAUUAGAGGCCCUUAAAGGUUCAACUUCAACAAGACCGGCCAUAUUUGCAAUGUCAAAUCCUACGAAUAAUGCUGAAUGCACUCCUGAGGAAGCAUAUUCCAGUUUGGGUGAAAAUAUAAUAUUUGCAAGUGGAAGCCCAUUCAAAGACGUGGAUCUUGGAAAUGAUCGUAUUGGCCACUGCAACCAGGGAAACAACAUGUACCUCUUUCCAGGCAUUGGGCUUGGUACUCUUCUAUCUGGCUCCAGGAUUAUUACUGAUGGCAUGUUACAGGCUGCAGCUGAGUGCCUUGCUGCAUAUAUGACUGAAGAGGAGGUUCUCAAAGGGGUUAUAUUCCCGUCAAUAUCUAGUAUAAGAGAUAUUACAAAGGAAGUAGCUGCAGCUGUGGUGAAGGAAGCUAUAGAAGAGGAUGUAGCAGAAGGAUACCGAGGCAUGGAUGCCCGAGAAUUACGGAAAUUUAGUCAGGAAGAGAUUGAAGAAUUUGUGAAGAACAACAUGUGGAAUCCAGAUUACCCAACAUUGGUUUACCGGAACGACUAACCUCCUACCAAAGCCCCCCAUACCCCAUACCCUCACAAGAACUGAACAACAGCAUUGUUGUAUGUAAUAGUAUUUUUUUUUUUCUUAAUUUAUAUGUAAAUGGCAAAAUGCUCCUUAAUUAUGUUUGGGAUGCAUGCAUGCAGUUCUUUAAUUGUGUAUUAUUGAAGUAACCAAACCAAAUUUACUGAAAUAGUUUACAAAGAAAUCUUCAUUUCCAAAACA